AUGUCGAAGCUCUUCCAGCCUCUAGAGGUGGCUGGCUGCCAUCUCCAGCAUCGCAUGGUCAUGGCGCCUCUCACCCGUUUCCGUGCCGAUGAUGAUUAUGUUCCUACGGACAUCAUGAAAGAGUACUACACUCAGCGAGCUUCUGUGCCCGGGACUCUUCUCAUUACCGAAGGCACGCAAAUUUCUCAGCGAAGUAUUGGAAUAAAGAAUGUCCCAGGAAUCUGGUCCAGCUCCCAGAUUGCCGCCUGGCGCGAGAUCACUGACGCUGUCCAUGCCAAAGGAUCUUACAUCUGGUGCCAGUUUUGGGUCCUAGGUCGUGCGAGCAACCCCGCUCUCCGGCGCGAGCUGGGUCUGAAGCUUCUCGGCCCCAGCCCCGUAGCGAGCUCCCCAGAUCAUCCAUUUCCUGAAGAGAUGUCUGAGGAGGAGAUCCAAGAAGUGAUCGAGGACCAUCGCAUUGCUGCGAGAAACGCUAUUGAGGCCGGGUUCGAUGGCGUCGAGAUUCAAGGGGGCGGUGGAUACUUGCCUGAUCAGUUUCUCCAAGAUGUCACCAAUAAGAGGACAGAUCAUUGGGGUGGCAGCAUUGAAAACCGCGCCAGGUUCCCCAUUGAGGUCACCAGGGCAAUCUCUCAGGAGAUCGGAUCCAGAAAAGUCGCGAUACGCUUAAGCCCGUGGAGCGACUUCAUAGGCAUGGGGAUGGAUGAUCCUAUCCCGACCUUCACCUACCUGGUCAAGCAGCUCCGCAACCUGGAUAUUGGAUUUCUUGACCUGAUCGAGGCACGUAUCCGAGGAAACGAUGAUGCCGACUGCGGCGGGGAUAACGAUGUAUCAUUUGCUGUUCAUGCGUGGGGCAAGGAAGCGCCGGUUAUGGUCGGUGGCGGAUUUAAUAGUGAGUCUGCGCAAACGGCAGCCGAUAAGACUUACAAGGACUAUAAGCUGGCGAUCAUAUUUGGUCGCUACUGGACAAGCAACCCAGAUCUGCCCUUCCGUGUAAAGAUGAACAUUCCGCUCGUCAAAUAUGACCGCUCAACUUUCUACACGCCGAAGAGUAGCAAAGGCUACAACGAUUGGGGAUUCAGUGAGGAGUUUUUGGCAUUGGGCGGCGCUGCUAGGCUCACGUAA